AUGCCACGACGGACGCUAUCCACGUACGAACCGCGUCGCUCGGGUCGCGCGACCAAAGGCCAGCACAAGAACGCCUCGUCCUCUCCGCCGCCACCUGCAGGGCCACCGCAGAAUAAGCCAGCCAAGGGGGCGCCCAAAGGCAAGCCGAGCAAGAAGGCGGCGAAGAACGAGCCGCAGGAGGAGGACAACGAAGAGGAGGAGAUCCGCUGCAUCUGCGGCAAUGCAGACCCCAACGACAAGCGGCCCUUCAUUGGCUGCGACUCGUGCGAGGUUUGGCAGCACAACGUGUGCAUGGGCAUCACAGACGAUGAAGACGACAUACCAGAACACUACUUCUGCGAGAAGUGCAGUCCCGAAGACCACCAAGAGACGCUGCAAACGUUAGCGCGCGGCGAGAAGAUCUGGGAGUCGCGCAACAAGCUGUGGCAGAACGAGAAGAAGAUGAGCAAGAACCGCAAGAGCAAGAGUCGUGGAGGCGAUGGCGGUAAGCCGGGCUGGCUCAAGAAGGACAUGCUGCCGCAGUCCGAAGCGCCAGCCGAAGAACCUGAACCAGCCCCGCCCGCCGCCAAUGGUGGGAAGGACACAGGUACGAAACGCAAGCGUCAAGAAGAGGAAGUCAAAGACGAGGGACCACCAGAGCCCGAGCCUGCACCAGAGGCGAAAACGACCAAAUCCAAGUCCGCAAGACAAGACAAGCGCAGGAAGUCGACGCCGCUCGAAAGCAAAGUCGUCAUGGGUGCCGAUCCUGACACCGACACCGCACUCGUCCCGAUCAAAGGACUGCCCAAAGAGAGGCAGAACGUGGCCCAGGCGUUGAGCAAGAUCAUAGGCGCCGACAUCGAGAAGCGCGCCAAGUCUGGUACCAGACUGCCCGCUGGACAGACAGGAUCAUCACUGGGUGACCACUACGCAGUGCGCAUCGAGUAUUCGCUUCACAUGAAUCACACUGCCGGCAAGGAGUCCUACAAGCAGCAAUUCCGUACCCUUCAUGCCAACCUCAAGAAGAACACUGGACUCGUUGAGAAAUUAAUGCUUGGAUCGCUCACAGCCGAUGAACUCUCGACCAUGGAAAGCAGCGAGAUGCUGAGUGAAGACAAGCAACGUGAGCGUGCUACUAUGAAAGAGGCACUAGACCGUCAAGCAGUUGCAGUGCAGGAAGAUGGCCCAAGAUACAAGCAGGACCACAAAGGCUAUCACUUGAUUGAAGGUGAAGCGGACCGGCAGACCGCGAGCGCGUCCGAGCCACGACCUGCGGUCUUGAGAGCGAGCGCGUCUCAAGAUGCAGCUGGCAGACCGACUUCAAGCCGCUCGCCUACCAGCCAAGGACCUCUAAGCAUAGGCACCAAGCAAGCCGAGGCAGAUAUGGAGCGCCGCGCAUCGUACCAAGCCUUUAGUAUGGACAAGAUCUGGGAGAAGACGGGUAAUGCUCAGUCUCCGACGGCCAACAUAUCGCGACCAUUACAGCCGCACGCCCGCCGAACAAGCUCAAUUCAAGUUCAACCACAGACUCAGGGCAAUGGUGCCAAGGACGACCCAGACAUUGAUCGUAUGCUUGAAGACAACGACGAUACUUACUCGCCUGCUCCAGUGACCGGCGUGGAUGCCAUCAUCUGGCGUGGCAAGCUCGUCCAGACCAGUGAAGACGAUGCACCCACGGUCAACGCACGCUUCGUUGCAGGCCGGGAUCUCGCAUCAACGGUCCCAUGGCAAGAGCUUCUUCCCAACCGACUUUCGAUCGAUGGCCGACUUGCUGUCCAAAAGGCGGAGGAGUACCUUUGCGGCCUGCGGUGGAGCUCCACGAGCGAUGUGGCUGUCUUGGCACUGACGCCGUACGACAAUGCUUCCCCGUUCAACGAAGUGUUCGAGUACUUCCACAGUCGCCAGAGGUAUGCUGUGAUUGAGAAGGACAAGCCACACAUGGUCAAGGACUUCUACAUCAUUCCACUCGAAGCUGGAGCGGAGUUGCCGCCACACGCCGCCAUGUUGGAGCAUUGCACACUCAAGAACCCCAUUGAGGAGCGCAUGCUGCUGGCAACCUUGAUCGUUGCUCGUGCGCCUGCCAGCCCGACAAAGCAAGACUCGACUGCUGGCAGUGCGAUCGGCACUAACGGACACCAUUUGCCGCAACACGUGCGCCAAAGCAUUGGCGGUCCUGCUGGAUCACCACUUACCGCACAGACCCCAACGUUUCCGCCUCAGCAGGGAAGUCCACAAGCUGGAUAUGGCGCUUCUGCGCCCAACACCUUUCCACCGAAUUCGUACGGUCCAUCUCACCUGACGCCACCUGGACAACCAGCUGCCUACCCUCAGCAAAACUCGCCACCGCAAAACAUGCCACCGCAGCAAUCGCAAGUAGAGCAGAUCCUCGGAGAGCUCCAAUACACACCAACAGCAAAGAUGAUCUUGAGCCAAGCAGGCAAUAGCCUGACUGUUGAUCAGCUGAACAACCUGAAGACAAUACUCGUCGAGGACCUGAAUGCGCGGACUGACUUCGAGGCAUUGACACGAAAGCUGUUCGCAGACAGAUUGUAG